CGAUACAGUGUUUGUUGCUUUCGUAUCUUUCAUUGUGAACUGUUGAAGGACACCACGAUCGGUGUCACCUUGAAGCAGCUCAGAUGUCACUACUUCGAAUCCGACAACUGGCGCCCACGCUUCGCCGAGCAUGUUGGACGUCGAUCGUGAUUGAGCCUCCGGCUGCUCAGUCCGUCGGCGUUUCGGGACGAGUCUACGAAUUCGAGGAAUCCUUGGAAAUACGGUUUCCCGCUGGUCAGGUCUGGGCUGCAAGAGCCGGUGACAAACGAUACGUCUUGAAAGAGCUUCCCGAGAGCUGGAGGUGGGAGAACUUUCUGGAGAACAUCUGGCCAAGCCUGGACAAGCAUCCUAACAUCCGUCUGCCGUGCGAUACCAUCUUGGGCCAGCGCACUCUCGUCUACGAGCAUCUGAGCCACGACUAUCUGGACCUCGCGCAAGAGCUCCCUGCUCCAGCUCAACGACAGGUGUUGAAGAGUAUUCUCCAAGGUCUCGCUGAGCUCCACAGCAGACGUGUUGCUCACCUGGACGUGAAGCCGAACAAUGUUAUGGUCGAUUGCUCGUUCGAGAAUGGAAGCCCCACUGUGCAGAAGGUCCAGGUCAUUGACUUCGAGGACGGAGCCUUGCUGAAACCUGGGAAGUACGUGGCGGAAAGGUUCUGUGGCAAUGAGAACUGGCGAAGCCCUGAGCAAGCAUUCAGAGGGUACCUCUACGCACCCACCGACAUGUUCUCAUUCGGCAUCACGUGCAUUUAUGGCAUGCUUCGCCGCAUCAUUUUCUGGCGAGACGAGGAUCUCGAACGCCACAAGGCUCUCGGCAACACCGAUCAGCUGGCUCGUCUAACACGUCAGGUCAUGUACUUCGGAGACGCGAAAGGCCUCAAAGGGCUACGGCGAUUCGCUGCUGGGAAGGAUAAGAUGGCGAUUCGCAAGAGCCUCGAUGCAAUUUGGAAGGAUCGCAAGAAUUCAGAAUUGCCCUACAAGCACUUCUCUUUGUGGCCCGAGAUUGAAGACAAAGGGUUCAAGGACGUGGUUCUGAAGAUGAUGAACCUGGAUCCAGAGAAGCGCCUGACAGCGCGCGAAGCGCUCGAGCAUCCAUGGUUCGCAGAUGUGAAGCCUCUCUAAGAAAGAUGCGUUGACGGUGUCCUGUCCAGUGCCGCACAGCAGAGCGCGAAACAUCUCUGAGCACUUGGAACUGGGAGAUUUUGGACAUCCUGUCCAUAGGUCGAACAGCUGAAGUCUACCGUGGUCUUCCAAUAGUUGCACCUCAGGUCGUCGCGACGUCGAUCGACCUGUGAGUCCAGAUACGAAUUACGUCCCCCAGCGGGUAGUGAUGUGGCAGU